AUGGUGGACGCUGAUCCGAAAGCACAUACCACUACUGCUACAAGCUAUUCCUCCAUUUUGGCCCAAAAAUUGCUUCUGGAGUUGCUACCCGAAAGCCAUCAAGUACAUGCUUUGCUAUCAUAUGCCAUCAGUGACGCAUCCAGUAAUUCUUCGCACAGUCCACCACAAGACGAUGUCACCCUGAUUUGGAAUCUCGUCCAACAAAGUGUAGAUUGUUCCAAUCAUCAAGCUCUGGCUGUUCUAGAGAAAGCACUGCUCUGGAGUCCACAGGGUUGCAACGCAUUGGUGGAAGCUGCGGGUUGGAAAAUCUUCCAGGAAGAAGAGCCAGAUGAAAAUAUGGACAACAACAACGUUUUGGCAAAAACAGGAUCCACCAUUCGGUUCGCAUCCCACAACAAUCGGCAACAGGCACGUCUACAGGCCAUUGCACUCCAACUCAAACAACCGCUAGGUUUGAUGUCCUCUAGUGCAAGAGGCCCACGGCAACACCACAAGUCAUUCAGCCCCAAGCAACAGCUGUUGGCUUGUCAACUGGUGACAAAGCUCUCCGAAUCCAUUGCUUCCAACGACAACAAGGUGUCUCUGGGAAUCCUGGCCCGGCUUUUGGCCCACUGUGAUGGACAAACCCAUCAACCAUCUGUAGCCGUUCUAGAGCCUGCCAUGACCGGCAUUGUGGCCCGUUUGCAAGCUCAUCGUCCAAUGACGGACCAAGUACGUGGCUACGAUCCAUUGCCUCGACUGAUACCUGCCAUCGACGAGCGGGAUCUCUCUCUUUUUCCGCCAGACUGGCAGAGAGAUCAAAAUUAUCUUCAUUUUUCUCUUCCAAUUGUCGUCUUAGGUCCGCAAUCAGGGCUUGCUGCUGCUGAUCCAACUGUGGCUGUUGUGGUGGUGGUGGUUGUGGUGGAGGGGCAUGCUGGGGUUGCGGAGGCUGCUGCCGCUGCUGCUGUGAUGCCUGUGAUGCUUGUGGAUGGUAUAUGGAUGCUGGCUGCAACCGAGAUCCUCCAUUGUUGGUGCUGUUGUUGUUAG